AUGGCUCUUUCCGCUAUUAAUAAAUGCCCUAUUUGUAACGUAACCAGUGACAACCCUUGUGAGAUCACUGACUCCUGCCACAAUCCCAACAACGCUCCAUUUAAACAUAAAGCAUGUACUCAAACCUUGAAGCAACAAAAAAGCGAAGCUUUCGAUCUACCUACCAAUACCAGUGAUGCUGUUUUCUUGGAGGGCAUUGAUCCUUACUCCAUUAUCAUUUCAACAUCUCAAUUUGUUAGAACUAAUUUUAAAGCAAAAAGUUUAAAUGUUAUUCUUCAGGAACAAUUUUCAGCUGGCAUUAGACUUCGCCAGCGACACAUUGGAAAAAACGAUAACUAUAUUGAAAUCAACUUUGCAUCAACUGCGACACACUCAGAGGUCUUGUGUAAUUAUUUUGCCUUGGGCGGCAAGACUAUCAAAGUCAGUAAAAUGCUUGAUCGAAAUGUCGACAGCUAUUGUAUUGGUAUUUUAAACAUUUCUUUGAAACAGUUGAGGUAUUGCGGCCUAAAUUUACUGCUGGUUUGA